AUGUUUUCCCUCAUGGCCAUGGCCACCAGUGCCUUUGCUCAAGUUGCUACCACUGCAGGCUAUGACACCGUCUACGACAAUGGGAGUCUCUCCACCCUCUCACUCGCCUGCUCCGACGGUCCCAACGGUCUCUAUACGAAGGGUUAUCAGACCCUGAGCUCUCUCCCCAGGUUCCCUCGGGUUGGUUCAAUUGAGACCAUCCCCGGGUGGAACUCCCCCAACUGUGGGAAGUGUUACAAGGUCACUUAUACCGCUACCGGUGCCUCGAUCAACAUGAUUGGUGUCGACGCUGCUGCCAGCGGGAUUGUUAUGAGUCUGGGGGCGCUCGACGAGUUGACUGGUGGCUUAGGGGAGGAAUUAGGGCGUGUUAACGUUACUUAUGUGGAGACUGCUGGGACUGAUUGCGGGUUCCCUGCUUAAGGUAUCGAAUUCCUUACGCGCGGGAGAGGUGAUUUUCUAGACGGACUGAUGCUAAAAAUUUCAUAGGGAUCGGAAACGCGGUGAAAACUGGGCGACGGAUGCAUGCUACCCGGGAGCGAUGGCACUAAGGUGGUUUGAGUGGUAGUGGAUUGUGCAGAAGAGCAUAUCUAAGGAGUUUAAAUCAUCAUUUACCUAUACAGUCCUUUCAUAACAUUCCUAUAUUUCUUUACUUGUAUCAAGUCAUAAUAUGAAAAACUGAAAAUUGUGCUAAAG